AUGACUGAUACUGGUUUUGAAUGUUCCCUUUGUAUGAAAAUUGCCAUUUCAGCUUAAAUAUGUGAAAAGUGUGGACUUAUGUAUUGUAAAUAGUGUCUCGAAGAAAUAUUUGGUUAAAAUUAUGAAUGUGUUUAGUGCCAAUCCAAAAAAUUUAAACCUAUUGAAUAAUCACCUUUGAAAGAAGCUUAUGUAGAAAUUUUCUCUAAAUCUUAAUUAAUAUUAUAAAAGAAAAUUGAUAAACCUCCUCCAAAUCCUCCAGUAUUAGAAUAAUUAAAAUAAUCAAUAUUUUUAAAAGAAAAAUGUCUAAACUUUGAUAAUUGUCAUUAAAAUAUCAAUUAAAUGUUCUAAACUUAAUAGGUAUGUAGUUUAGAAUGUUAAUUUUUUAUUAAAAUAGUAUCGUUAUUUGAAUAAUAAGACUAUUCUAAUAUUAGAAAAGAAAUAAUUAAUAUAGAAAAUCAUUAAUCUAUUAAAAAUUAAUAAUCAAUUCAAUAGAUAGGAUUACCUUAAUUUGGUAUUGGAGUUACACAAUUUACAUUUAAUAGAUUUGGUUAAGGAAUACAAAUAAAUUAAUCAUAAAUACUAUUAAUUGAAGAAGAAUAUACAUUUAAAACUGUGACUAGUACUGUUGGAUUAUAUAAUGGAAUUUAUUUCUGGAAAAUUAUUCCAUUAGCAAUCACAAAAAAUGAAAUGAAAAUAGGAAUUUCAACUUCUGAUAAAUAUGAUUUAAAAACAGCUUUUUCUGAUUACAAUUUCGGAUAUGCCUUUUAUACAGUUGGUUAAUUUAGAAAUGGAAGUAAUUCUAAUGUAAUAUUAAUAAUUAAAUAUUUAGGGAUUUGAAUAUGGUGUUAAAUUUAUAAAUACUGGAGAAGUAGGAGUUUUACUAGAUAUGAAUAGGGGAGUACUGGCAUUUUCAUAUAAUGGCAAUUUUUUAGGAAAAGCUUUAUGUUCAGAGUAACUUAAAAAAGGACCUAUAUAUCCCUGUGUUGCAUUACUUCAUCAAGCAGGAUUUGAAUAUUAAUGCGGUAUACCAAUUCCAUAAAAUUUACUUGAACAGUUUUUAAGAUGA